UUUGGUUAAUGUUUAAGCAGAUUUUUCCAUGACAACCAUUGAUACGACAAAUGUAUAUAAAAAUCCCCGGUAAAUAUUGGAUUGAAUGAAGAUGACAUUGGCAGGCAUCUAACCUUCCAAAAGUUCCGUACUUUUCUCUUCUCAUCUCGAUAAAAUCCGAGGCGAUCGGGCCAAGAAGCAGGCUGCCGAAAUGGCUUCACCUACAAAUCCCCUGCUCUGUCUUAUGAGCUUCUUGGCUCUGUUCUUCAUAAGCUUGAUGGAAGGAGCAAAGGCAGGGUCUUUAGAGGAUCUCGUCUAUUGUCUGGGGCAAAGCGGGGUUAAAAAUGUCACAAAUUCUGGUUUUGAAGAUCUGCUGAACUUUUCUAUACAGAAUUUGAGGUUUACUGAAGCAAAUGUAUCGAAGCCUUCGGUGAUUAUUGUGCCGCAGAGCAAGCAGGAAGUGCAGAAGGCGGUCAUAUGCUGUAAGCGGCAUGGCUUCCAGAUACGCUUGCGUUGCGGCGGGCAUAGCUAUGAGGGCACCUCCUCCACUGCGGAAGCUCCUUUCGCCAUUAUUGACCUAAUGAAGCUUAAUCAGGUUCAGGUGGACGUUGCCUCUGAAACUGCUUGGGUGCAGGGAGGUGCUACCCUAGGUGAAGUGUACUAUGCUAUAUCCCAGGCAAGCCCUAGCCAUGGCUUCUCGGCAGGAACAUGCCCGACGGUGGGCAGCGGCGGGCACAUUAGCGGAGGAGGAUUCGGGCUCAUUUCCAGAAAGUACGGGUUGGCGGCCGACAAUGUGGUAGAUGCAGAGCUGGUGAACGCCAAUGGCGAUCUUCUGAACAGAAAAUCCAUGGGAGAAGAUGUAUUUUGGGCCAUCCGAGGCGGAGGAGGAGGAAGCUGGGGUGCAGUGGUUGCAUGGAAGAUCAAACUCCUGCCAGUCCCGCCCACAACAACAGUCUUCACAGUGUACAGGGCGGGAAUCGAAACCGUGACCAACCUCGUCUACCAAUGGCAAACAGUGGCGCCAAAUCUGGACACAAAUUUCUAUCUUUCCGUCUUCGUCGGGGCCAAUCUGUCGGGAGCCCCAAAUCAGGGGAUUUCCGCCAAAUUUUUAGGAAUGUUCCUCGGCCCCAAACAAGAUAUGCUAAAUGCCAUCACUUCCAAAUUCCCAGGUCUCGGGAUCAAACCCCAGGACUGCCAGGAAGUAACCUGGAUACAAUCCAUCCUGUAUUUCUCCGGCAUUGAAACCUCCAAAAUCCAUGACAAAGAGAAUCUCCGGGACAGAUAUCUCUCGGAUAAAAACUACUUCUUCGCCAAAUCAGAUUACGUCAGAAACAUCAUACCGAGAUCCGGCAUCCUUGGAGCAUGCAGAAUUCUGGAACAGGAGCCUAAGGGUUACAUAAUAAUGGACCCUUACGGCGGCAAAAUGGCAGAAAUUAGGGCAGAUUCCCUUCCAUUUCCUCACCGGACGGGAAAUCUUUACGACAUUCAGUAUCUCGUGGCCUGGUAUGACGGCACCAGCAAUAAAGAAAAAUAUUUAUCCUGGCUCAGGAAAUUUUAUGCCUAUAUGACGCCAUACGUUUCACAGAAUCCCCGGGCUGCUUAUGUGAAUUACAUGGACUUUGAUUUAGGAACUGCAAAUCAUUUGUUAAACGGCUCGUCUCCUGUUGAAACGGCCAGCCAAUGGGGAAAACGUUACUUCCUUGACAAUUUUGAACGGCUUGUGCAGAUCAAAACUCAUAUUGAUCCGGAUAAUGUUUUCCAAAAUCCGCAGAGUAUCCCGCCUAAUGUUGCGUCAGAAUUUGUGGAUUCUCUCUGAGGAAAAAAUGUCUUCCAUUUAGUCUCCCUCUGAAGUCAAUCGCUGUUUUCAGCUUUGAUUAUUCAUU